GGAGGAGGAGAAAGUGAAAGGGGAGGAGUGGAGGAGAAACCCAGUCCUGGUGUGGGAGAGAGAUGUGAUUGUGCAUGUUUGGGACGAGAGAGAGGAGCGCAGAAUGGUCGUAAUCAAGGCACAAGUGUGACCGCGAAGGCAGCGCACUUAAAUCACGUGUGGUGUGGAUUUGUACAAGGAAAAAGUAAAAGUGUCGUCAAAGUGACUUGUGGUUGUACUUUGCCUUCCUCCUGUCUUUGCCUCUCCACUCCCUCCGCCCUGCAUUUCGCGGAGCAGCUGUGUUUUCAUGCCCCUGUGCACCCGAGGAGGAGAAGGAGCGAAGAGUGAGGAAGAAGAGGAAGAAGAAGUGAAAGGGCCUGGACGCCACCCCUCCUCGCCCCUCGGAGGUCUGUCCACUCUCCCCUCCUGGCCCUGCAUGGACGGGGAUGGGGAGAGCCGAAUGCAGUUGCCGCGGGGCUGAGCGCCUCGCCUCCCCGUGUCUGGUGCGCCGCUUCCUGCCACUGCUGGUGCUGAUCAUCGCUCUCUGCUACGGUGCUCAUAUAGGUCAGUGCCAGGUGGUCACCCCUCAGUGUCGUAUCCAGAAGUGCACCACCGACUUUGUCUCCCUGACCUCUCACCUGACCUCAGCCGUGGAUGGCUUUCACACUGAAUUUUGCAAGGCUUUGCGCACAUACUCAGCCUGCACCCAGAGGACAGCCAAGUCCUGCCGGGGGAACUUGGUCUUCCAUUCAGCUGUGCUGGGCAUCUCUGACCUCAUGAGCCAGAGGAAUUGCUCCAGAGAUGGACCCACUUCUUCCACACACACCGAGGUCCACCCGGAGCCCUGCAACUAUCACAGCCGCACCCAGCACACCAACACAUACUCCCACUUGCACACACACUCUCAUGCUCACAGCCAUUCUCGGCCUGCGUACCUGUUCUGCGGGCUGUUCGGGGACCCACACCUGAGGACAUUUAAGGACAGCUUCCAGACUUGUAAAGUGGAGGGGGCAUGGCCUCUCAUCGAUAAUGACUAUCUGUCGGUGCAGGUCACUAAUGUCCCCGUGGUGCCUGGCUCCAGUGCCACAGCAACCAAUAAGAUCACCAUCAUCUUCAAGCCCUAUGAGGGUUGCACAGACCAGAGGGUCUACCAGGCCGUCACAGACAACCUCCCUGCUGCCUUUGAUGAUGGCACCGUGAGCAGUGGAGACCCCAUCCACACUUUUGCUGGUGCAGAUGGUGCAACUGGGAAGGUCCGGGCCCUGUGGAUCUCUGAGCGCACCCCAGGGCGCCACGUAGAGUUGCAUGCCGGCUACAUUGGUGUAACUGUAAUCGUUCGCCAGCUGGGCCACUACCUGACCCUGGCGGUGCGGAUCCCAGAAGAACUGGCUCAGGCCUACGAUGCUACCCAGGACCUGCAGCUCUGUCUGAACGGCUGCCCCAGCAGAGAACGCAUUGACCAAGCAGGGUAUCUUCCCUUGCCCCGUUCCCCUCCUGCACUUGGCCUACAGCUUCAGCAGCUGCGUCGACCCAGCUACUCCUCACAGACACAAGAAUCCCCCUACGGUGCCAUGCAGAUUUUUGGUGUGGAGGGGGCUAAGCAGCGCUGCAGGGAGACGCUGGAGGUGCAGGACAUUUACUUCCACUCCUGUGUGUUUGAUCUCCUGACCACUGGGGAUGCUAACUUCACAGUGGCAGCAUACAGUGCCCAGAAGGACAUGGAGAGUCUUCACCCUCACCGAGAUAGAUGGAGGAUCUACCCCCGUGGCUCUGCCACCUCUGCUUUGCACUCUGAUCCUCAUUCUAUCAGACGGUUUGCUCUGCUCCUGCUGUGUGUGCUAAGCAUGGCGUUGAUGUAAUAGCAGGAGUGAGAGUCUUUGUGUGUGCCUGCAUGCAUGUGGGCUUGUGUACAGUAUGUGUGUGCACUAGAAAGAGAAUUUUCCUCUCUUAUACAGAGAGGAAACAGGAGGCUGGACAGUUACUGGGAACUAGACAUCUUUGUAGGUGGCAGAUCCCCCAGCAGGCACAGGCGAUAGACAACACUAACUGCAUCCCACCUGGCAGAAUCAGCCCUCUGGAGGUAAACAAAAAAAAAACACGUGAUGUGAUGACAGCCUGCAUCUUUGGAUAGGAUGCCACUGACAGUGACACAGAUGUUCUUGUGGAGGUACACUCCAGACUGUAAAUAGUUCAUUUUGUCUUCAGUGCACAGUGUAAUGGCGUUGAGUUGUUUUUUGUGCCAUUUGAUGUGAUUUUCUUUAAUACCUCAGACAGAGGAUGUUUGUUUUAGCAGAAGCACUUUAUUUUGAUUUUUUUAACAAAUCCACAUCAGUAUUUCUUCCUCUCACUUACUGUCUUGCACCAAACUCUCCAAUGCCUUCAUGUAGAAGUCAGUUGAGUACAAUGAACUGCCAUUUCUGUUAAAAUGCUUCAUUCUUCCAGUAGCUGACUCGACUCAGCACCUCAUUUUAAGUCAAUCAGUGUGUUUUUUGCUGGAUGUAUUGUAUGUGAAUAUUAUCACAGAAGAUGCCAUCAGUGCUGUUUUGUUGCUGUGUUAUUGAAAUUGUAUUAUUGAAAUAGCUGUUUUCCUUUGUCUUCAUUUCAAAUGUGUGCAUGUGUGCACACAUGCACACAUGUAUAUUGGUGCACCAGUUGUUUUUUUGUUCUUUUUUUUUCCUUUACCUUUUUGCCAAGCAGCUGUGAUGAUACCAGCUCAUGUUUGUUACUUAGCAUAUUCACUGUUGUUUUUGUUUGAGCCAAAGACAGCUUAUGUAUGUUUUUUAUGUACAAAGGAAAUGAUAACUCCCCACCAAACCAGCAUCCUUCUUCUCACAUCGUCUCCCUCUCUCUUGAUGUUAAACUUGCUACUGUAAACUGUUUUUUCUCCUGCUGCCAGAAUUGACAAGCUGCUCCUUACUGGGAUAGGUGUAAGAUACUGGAGUGUAAACUAAACACAGCCAAUCAAUGAGGAAGUGUCACCAGUGUCUGCUGGGAUAAAUGCUUCAGCAUUGUGGCGUGGAAAAUGAACGCCAUUUGAUACCUGGUAGAAAUGUCAACACCUACCACUAUGAGCCUUUCUAACGUGUAACAUUCUGUAUAAUUAUGUCCCACUUGUUUGGCCUUAUAAGCUUGAUCUCAAGUUUUUUUGGCAUUGUGAUCUCUUACAUCAUGUGUGAGUGUCAGUGUGGUGAAGAAAGACUGGUCAACGUUGAAACACUUAACUUAUUUAUGAACGUAGUGUCUUGUAGAGGAAGUUAAGCUCCAUAUUCUUGCUGUUGGAUAAUAAUUUAAACGAAAUGUCAGAUGUGAUUGUACUGCCACCUAGUGGUCCUCUGUUGCUAUGUCUGUGUUACUCAAGGCGCUCAAAAAGGGGUAAAUUGAUUAUACAAACUGUGUGCAAGUGUUUUAUUUAAAAAACAAUAAAGUCAAAACCA